AGAGAGAGAGAGAGAGAGAGAGAGAGAGAGAGAGAGAUUCAAAAAAUCUGGACUUUAGAAGAUGCAAAGCAUCCAAGCCUACUUCCAUGGGUUUUAGAUUUCCUUCUCUCUCUCUCUGUUAGGCCUACCCUAAAACCUCUGUAUCUUAAUGGCUUCUUAACAUAGACACAGAGAGAGAAAGAGAGAAGGAAAAUCGGAAAGGAAAUGAAGAUUCUUCUUCUAGUGUUUGUGCUUCUUGUUCAUGGACCCAUUUGGAUUCUUCAGUUCUCUAUUGUUGAUUCCAGACCUGACCCUCCUCUUUCUUCCUUAUCUGCUCCGGUUUCUCCGCCAGUGGCGUUAUCCAUUUCUUCAAUUUCUGCAUCAAUGACAGCCUUCUCUCCAGGGAUUCAAGUGGGAAGUGAAAAGCAUCACGAAAAGGAGUCAAAUAAAAAAUAUCUUACAGCAGUCAUUGUUGCUUCAACUGCACUGGGAGCAAUCAUAUUGUCUUUGUUAUAUUUCUUGAUUUACCAUAGAAAGCCCUUACUCAAAUCCCAGGAGGAUGCCAAUAGUUCAGGUACCUUUUUCUGCCCCUAUAUGUUUGGUUGCCGGUUUAAAAUUUUGGGGUAUAUAGAAAAUUGCAAAAGUUAUGCUAACUUGUAGACUUAUCUGAGAUUCUUUGUUUUGUACUGUUUGGUGUUGUAUUGUUCUACAUGGUUUGGUAUUGAAGAUGCUGUGAAAGGGCAUGCAUUGGGUCCAUUUAUGGGAAAAUAUAGUUCAUUGAAGACUUCUUGUAAAAAAGGAUCUGUAUCUUUGAUGGAUUAUGAGUUACUAGAAAGAGCGACAAACAAUUUUCAGGAAACUGAUAUUUUGGGUGUGGGGGGAUUUGGAUGUGUAUACAAAGCUAGAUUGGACGACAACUUCCAUGUAGCUGUGAAGAGGCUUAAUGGUGGAAGUCAGGAGUCCAUAAAGGAAUUUGAGACUGAGGUAGACUUGCUGGGUAAAAUUCAGCAUCCAAAUAUCAUUUCCCUGUUGGGUUAUUGCAUUCAUGAGGAUACAAAGCUUCUUGUUUAUGAAUUGAUGCAGAAUGGAUCUCUGGAAACUCAAUUGCAUGGACCUUCUCGUGGGUCAGCGCUAACUUGGCAUCUUCGUAUGAAAAUUGCCCUUGAUGCAGCAAGAGGAUUAGAAUAUUUGCAUGAGCACUGCAACCCACCAGUGAUCCACAGAGACUUGAAAUCAUCUAAUAUUCUUCUAGAUUCAGACUUCAAUGCCAAGAUUUCCGAUUUUGGACUUGCCAUAACCGAUGGGUCUCAAAACAAAAACAACAUCAAGCUUUCGGGAACCCUUGGUUAUGUUGCUCCAGAGUACCUCUUAGAUGGUCAACUGACCGAUAAAAGUGAUGUCUAUGCUUUUGGAGUUGUGCUUUUGGAGCUUCUACUGGGAAGAAAACCUGUGGAGAAAUUGGCACCAGCUCAAUGCCAGUCUAUUGUCACAUGGGCCAUGCCUCAGCUCACAGACAGAUCAAAGCUUCCAAACAUUGUGGAUCCUGUGAUAAAAAAUACAAUGGAUUUAAAGCACCUAUACCAGGUUGCUGCUGUAGCUGUACUAUGCGUGCAACCAGAACCAAGCUAUCGCCCAUUAAUAACCGACGUAUUGUAUUCUCUUAUCCCUCUAGUACCCAUGGAGUUUGGUGGAACGCUACGGAUUACGCAACAUGUGCCUUCUGAUCACUGAUUCUGUCAAGACAUUUGAGCUUUUGUUGCUGUGCUGCUGGUCUCUGCAGUGCUCGAAAAAACACAGCCAAACUGCUUUUGUUCCUUUCCUCAUCGGCCAUGAUUAAUUAUUUUUUGGGGUGGUUUUUUACCAUGGUUGUGUAGGUGAAGGGAUGUUGGCCUUGUUUGAGUGGAAGAUCAAAUUACCAUUGGAAAUGGGAUUUUUUUCCCAAAAAAUUUAGCUGCUUUUUUUAAAGGUCAUGGACCUUCGUUGUUUGGGCUGUAUGUCCUCAUGGGCUGGCCUGGUUUACAUCGCUACGGGCUAACCUGAUGGGCUGGUCAGAUAACUUAAUCUGUUUUUUGUUUCCCCC